GCGAACGGGUUGAACAAGACACUCCCAACACCACUUCUCCCACUGAUUAGGUGGUUAGAGGCGGCGGCUCGCGCCCCGUGUGUGUCGGUAUGCCUCGCAUCAACUUCAGCCGCACCGAGCGCUUCGCUCAGAUGUCGAAACAAGAGCAACUAAUCGCCCAGAAACGGCAGCAGAUCAUGGAGAAGCAGCGCACACUGGAGCUGGCCAAACAGAUUGCGGCCGAAGCGAGCAAGGAUACGCCGAGUGCCACCGAAGUGCCCGAAGCGCCCGAGGCCAGCGGAAAGGUUGUUCUCCCGUUCAGCAACGAUGGUUCCUUUCUGGAGCGCUUCAAGCAGUUGAGUGAAAAGAUUGUCAAGCAAACCGAGGACCAAGUGAAGUUAGCGCCCGUCCCCGAAUCGGACACGGCCGCCGCUGACGUGCCAGUGACUGGCAACGCUGCGAACCCACAUCCGGCCACGGUGCCAGGUGUAUCUGCCAGUGGUAGCGGCGAUCAUAUGUUCAAGUUCGACGUACCACCUCCGUCGUUGAUUCCGCCCCUUCCACCACCACCUCCUCCGCCACCACCGCCGCAGCUGCCGGCAAUGGCCGAUGAUGUGCAUUUUGAACCAUUCUAUGAUCUUCCUCCGAUCAUCCAAGAGCACAGCGAACAACCCGAAGGCGGCGCACGCGAUGGACCCGCCAGUGGGCGUGAUGGGACCAGUGUCGAGGUAGACUCGAACUUCCAAGUAUUUUCAGAACAUGAUAAAUUACCAACCACAAUUGAAGAAUUAAUUCAAUUGGUUGCCGAUAUCGGUGAUGUUUAUGAAGAUAAAUUAUGUUCACGUAAAAAUGAUUUGCAUCCAUCGCUUUGGUUCCUGUUCGACAAACACUCGGAGGCGUACGUUAGCUUCCGUCGGAUGAUCCAGGCUCGCCGUUUGAAGCGGAGUUUAGGUGCCUCCGGUGGGAUGCAGAUUGUCGUGGCGAACCACGGUAACAAUGACGACGACGAUGACGAUGAUGCCAAAUACGAUCCGGCAGACGUGCUGGAUGAUUCGAUUGUAGACGAUGGUCCCGAAACCGAGAACCGACCAGGGCCGGCCUUUCAACAGGAGCAUGGAACAGGAGGUGAACGCGGCCAUGCUAGUGCCGACCGGUUAGCUCCUGGUGAUGGAAUGUUUCUGGUGUCACCCAGCGUCGCAGCAGCUCAGCCACCGUCCGCCGGGGCCGAGAUUCCGAUUCAUAUGAUGCCCAAUUUUUAUGGCGACGAGCGUCACUUUUACGACGACAAGUCGACCACGGAAACGGACUCGGACACGGAGUACGUGCGUGAGGCGCGCGAACGCAACCUAAAGAAUCUCAAGCGCAAAACGUUCGAUGCCGGCAACCGCAGAGAGGACGGCAGUUCGACCGAUUCCGAUGACGACUACCACGCCAUGCUGGUCGGGACCGGUGACAGUGCGAACGAGUCGACGAAUGAGAAGAACGGCGGCAGUUCGGGCACCACGGGCGGAAGUGCUGCGGGAGUCCUUGGUUCUGGUGGUUUCUCCCGGUUAAAGUACCGUAAAAAGUAUCGCGUGGGUGAAAACAACGAAGCGAUGGGUGGAGGUGUUGGUGGAACUGGUACAGGUGAAAGUCCAAAUGACGGUGGCCUUGGUCAGACCUCGGCAGCACCAUCCAUCGAGGUGCCACAACCACCACCACCACCACCACCAGCACUACCACCGGCACUACCACCACCGCCGGCGGAAACGUCCACGGUUCCGUCAGUAUCACCGUGGGGUCCGCCAAGCGAAUGCCGCAUGCGCGACGUUCUGCAAUACGUCUAUCGGCACUACGGAACGGUGGACGACUUAUCUGCCGAAUGCUGGAGUAAGGCGGAACAGCAUCACCGGCUGCACCUUUUGUACGAUGAUUUGGUGGCGAAGGUUAAGCUACACGAACAGUUCAUACUCAGCUGCUGGGACGCCAGCAAUGGUUCGGUGGACUCCGAACAGGAACUUCGGCUGUAUACCACGAAGCGGGAAUCCGUUGUUGCGUGGACCACCGCAAUUACGAGUCUUUACGAGCGGGUACGUCCGGCCCAUUUGAGCGAGUUUCUGAUGCGCGGCGACUACGAGAGCUUUGUGGAGCAGUUUCGUCAGAUGUCCGACCGGCAGCCGAAUUUCGAAGACUACAAAGAGUUCGUCCUGCAGCGGGCGGGUGUAUCGGACGUCUUGAAGGUGGAAAGGGAGCCACAGGGACCUCAGGCCGGCUGUGGCUCACGCAAACCGGAAUACAGUUCGAGCGAUUCGGAGUUUGCGUCACAUCAUGACCAGUCCCAAGAGCAAGGUGGCCCCCAACAGCCACCGACACAGAGCGCCACCGGUGGUGGGCAGAGUGAGAACGGUGGAGGGCGCGAUAAUGGGUCUCAGAAUGUGGGCCACUCGUCGACGUCGACGAGCAUGAAGCGAACGUUCGAAGACGGCGAUCGGCAGCGGGAGGCGGCCAAGCGGCGCAAAAGCCGCUGGAGUGAACAGGUGGUCGAAAGCGGUGGAAGUGGGGCACAGCUUGGCCAAGCGAUAGCGCCCUACCCGGGGGCUUCCAGUCGCGCGCAUCCCCCGGGACCGCCACCAUCGUUACUGGCAGCGGCGGGCGCUCCGAAGCUGAGCGCCGUUAGUCGCACCGAUCCGGCUCUGCUGGCGUACGCACGGCAAAACUUUGGCAGCACCAACCUUACGGAGGAAGAGUGGACGAAGGCCGAGGAUCACUACAAGAUCAACCUGCUGUUCCAGGACAUGCUGCGCAAGCGGCAGGAGAUCGAUCGGUUGGCCAACAGUGGGCGGUUCAAGUACGAGUACGACUCGGACGAAGACACGACCGGUGGCACGUGGGAACACAAGUUGCGCAUGCAGGAGAUGGAGGCUACGCAAAAGUGGGCCAACGAGCUGACGCGCCAGUCGGAGGGCAAGCACCACAUCGGGGACUUUUUGCCACCGGAAGAGCUGCGCAAGUUCAUGGAGAAGUACGAGGCGCAAAAGACCAACCGGCAGCCGAACCUGAGCGACUACAAGGACUACAAGCUGCGCGAGGAUAACGUCGGCUUCCAAAUGUUGCAGAAGCUGGGCUGGAAGCAGGGUCAGGGGCUGGGCGCCGACGGGAGCGGUAUAGUCGAUCCGAUCAACAAGGCGUCACAGAGAGACAACAAUCAGGGAUUGGGCAUCAUUGCACCGGACAACCCGGAGGUGAACGACAACGAGUACGAUGCGUACCGAAAGCGUAUGAUGUUGGCGUAUCGAUUCCGACCGAAUCCUCUGAACAAUCCACGACGGGCGUACUACUGAGCGGAACAGCCACCGGGAGACGGAGAAGUGAGCGCGAAGUUUGUUUGAAGAUCGUCACGCGGUAGUCCUAGACGAACCCAACCUUGGGCCUUGCUCUGUUUUGCACACAAUUGAUCAUAAAUUGAGAAAUGCUUGAUAUCAUCGCACCUGUGCUCUCGCGCUCUUUCUCUCUCUGUCCAAGCCUUGGGGCACUGAUAAGAUUAUUAGCUAAUGAUUAGACCCCCGGAGCGCCCGAAGCAUGAUUCCCCGUUUGAUCGCUCUAUUUGCGAUUCCGGUGUACACCGGAGUGUGCCGGUGUAGUAGAGAGUUUAGAACUUUUCUAAAAAAAUAAGGUCAAAGCGUCGGGUCGGGCGCACGAUCGCGAAAAAAAGGAAACCAUAAUAUUCGCAUCGAACGAACAUGCUGAGUGCUUUCCGUUGCGCUUGAACAUUAAAUUGAAUUAUUGUGCCCGUCACCGGCGACAUUCCGAUACAUCCGGCGGGGCAAUGCAUGUGCCACUUGGGUGCCCCUAGAGUUCCCGGGAAAACAAACACAAAUAACGCAAAGUGCAAAUAAGCCAUUCGGUUGCCGUCCUCAAACGGUUACGGAAUGGCACGCAGUCAGAGCAUGAUUUAGUAGAAUUUCAUAUUGUUUUUCUGCAUUUUGGCCCGGUCCAAUGUUUGUCGGCACUGCAGCAUGCGGGCAAAAUGGUGCGUCCUCACACAGAGGAUGCGCAGAUGGCCCUUCGGGUUCGAUCGCACUCGAGAAUUCAUUUAUUAUUACUAUGUUACGUUACUUUCUGUACUCCUGAAUUCCACGUUGUAAGUGAAUUAAAUAAAAUGUCUAAUAAAAAUG